CAAAUUCAAAAGAGCAACAAGCCAAGAUAGAAACGCACUAACAGAAAAAACACAACCCAACCAACCAAAAUGACUCCCCCCCCGGCUCACGAAUACACAUUCUUCCGCAUCCCCAAAGAUGAUACCCUGAGGGCCUCCGCCCAGAAAUACCAACAGCUCCGCCUGCGCGCCCUGUCCGUCGCCCCGGCCUCGUUCUCCUCGACCUACGAGAUCGAAGCCGCCAUCCCGGAAGACGGGUGGGCGAGCCGCCUCGCUUUGGACGGGAAGGAGACGUUCAUCUGUGCGGCGACCCCUAGCACUGGGAAUCGGGAUCCAGCAAAGCCAGGGCAGGAGGGGGAGGAACUCUGGCAGAUGCUCAGCCUGUUCACCCUCCCGGAUUAUCGCGGGUGUGGACUCGGGAAAAGACUGUGUCAGGAGGCGUUGAAGUACUUGGCUUCAUAUCGGCCGUCCCCGUCGAAGGUGUGGGUGCGGUUGAUGGUCAAACCCGAGAACCAGGCGACCGUGGGCUUAUAUCGGGGUUUGGGGUUUGGGGAGUCGGGCAAGUGUACGCUGGCCGAGGCUUUGGUGGCCAACGGGGAUGCGGAGCUGUUGCCGGCGGAUGUGAGUGGGGAGAAGUAUAGUUCGCGGAGUGGUUUGGUUAUGAUGUUGGAGUUUAGUCGAUAG